UUGACUUUGUCGUGCAACAAAAGACCAUUGGGGUUUUUCGAAACGGUGUGAAUACGUGCGUGUGUUUUGAAAAGAGUUUGUAAAACUAAAUUCCAAGUGCAGAAUUGCCUGUGUUGUACAAAAAACAAAGAAGAAUCAAUCAAUUGCCGGUAAACAGAAAAGCCAAUCGAGUUAUUCUCUUGAUUUUUAUGGUCUCUUUAGAAGACAGCAUCCUUUGUUGAGUGUUAAAGUGUGGUGUAGAAUUAUCCUUGGUCUUAUAUUGGCUGGUAGUUGCUAAAAAGAGUGCGUGCAAAUAGUGGAGAUUUACAGUUACAAGAAUCUCUUCGAAAUCCUUGAGAAAUUUCUCAAAUAUUGACUUCUAAACGGAUUUAAGACCUGCGCACUGCCUGCCCACUGAACUGAAAACAAGGUUGUGUGCGUGUGUGUGUGUGUUAUCAAACCACAAAUCUGGGGAAAAAGGACAGGACAAAAGGAUAUACCUUCAUCUCUGAAAUUUUCGGUACUGGCAGCAAUACGAAAAAUUAUUUUAAUAUCAAGAAAAUAACAUUGAUUUUGGCUGCAACCGCAAAACUAGUUUGAAACAGUUUGGCUCUAGCGAAAGCCAAAACGGGGCUAGGGAAAGCUCAUCAUCCAUUGCUACAAAGCCACAGGAAACAGUAACUCCCAUUUGACUACUUUUUGGCGCCGAAAACAAACUCAACCAGAGUUUGUUGUCCACAAAUUUACUAUCAGCGUCAGUUUCAAGCUACAUUGAGGCUCUAGUGCUGUUGUACUGUGCUCUGCUCUGCUACACAUCCUUGUGCGGUGUUUGUGGUCGAAGAUUUAACUCAUUUCCAAAAUGAAUCUCGUAAUAGCAUCCGUGCUGCUGUUGGCCAUGUUGGCCUUUCAGCCGACAUUGAUUUAUGGCUCAAAGAACUUGGCAUCGUCGUCAUCCGGCGGCAGAACUAGCUCCGCCACCAACAUUCACCAAAAUGGAAAUUCAGCUCGGAAACUGAAAUCUAGCAAAUACGGCAAAAGACACACGAAGACCGCCGCCGCCGCCACCCCCGAUAACGACGAGGCACAGCCAUUGUAUUCGCCCGCAUUAUCUGCCUCAUCCAAAUUGGUUUUGUCCCUCGAUUCGGGCGAUGUUCUAGUGCGUGCUGCCCGAGGUGCCGCAGUAGAUAAACAAAAUCCCACGACUGUUGCGACCGGUGUGGGCAAUGGUAAUGGCAAUGGUGGUAAACGUCAAAAAGGCGGCAGCAACAACAACAACAAUAAAAAACUAAAUAAAAAUUCGGGCACACGUGAAAAUGGCUCAACGCUUUCGGGUACUGGAGCCGGAGCUGGCUCCAAUGGUGGUGGACGCAAACAUUUGGAGAAGAAAUUUUCUGCCACCUCUGGCUUAUCCAAUGCUGGUGCCCCACAGCCCCUCAAUGGUGGCAACAAAGGAAAACAACGUCAAAUGUUAAAAUCACAAUCGCAUCAGGGCAAACGUUCUGGCAACAAAGCAAUUAGAGAUGAUGGCGAUACGUUGCCAGGUGGUGAAGGCGAGAAGACAUCCACCUGCCGUUAUUCAAAAAGUGUUUGGAGUGAAUGUGAUGCCAAAACUAAUACUCGUGUCCGCACAUUAAGUUUAAAAAAGGGUGAUGCCAGCUGUCAACAGACCAGAACUAUGGAAAAGAAAUGCAAAAAAUCUUGCCGCUAUGAAAAGGGUGCCUGGUCGGAAUGCCUUAAUGGUCAAAUGAGGCGCGAGGAUAAAUUGAAAGCAACAGGCGGCAGUGAGUCGCCGGCCAACUCCAGCUGUGAGCCAAUGCGUAGCAUAAGCAAAAAAUGUAAUCCCAAUAAUGGUGGAGCCGGCAGCAAGCAAGCCAAUGGAGGUGGCAAAAGGGAACGCAAAAAUAAGGACAAAGGUUCCCGCCGCAAUCAGAAGCAGCAUCAGGAGCAGCAACAGCAUUAACAACAUUCAUAAAUUAUAAAAUUAAACAAACAAAAACAAAAACAAAACAGAAGGUGAUUCCUUCCUCAUAAUUUUUCAUAUUUUAAUUUUUAGGCAUCAAAUCCCAUGUUUUGCAUCAAAUCCUUUGGAGCAGGAAGCAAUGCAAACCUCAUUAUUUUUUGGUUUAGCCAAAACCCUUGCUCUUUUUUUGUAUUUUUUGUACUAAGAAAAUAACCACAAAUAUCACUUAAGUCCUUUGGAAAUGUAUCAACCCUAAACACAAAAGGGCAAAAACGAUUAAAUAAUGAAUAAAUUACUAGGUUUAAGAGCUUUUUUUUGAUAGAAAGAUUUGUUUAAACUCCAUUUUGGUAUAUACUCGUAUUUACAUAAAAUCACAAUAACCAGAUUUUGUUUUAAGCCACUAACAAUUAUGAUUUACUUAAGUCGCCAGCUAAAAUGCAUAAUGGUGUAACAACAAAAAAAACAAAACAAAUAUCCCCAAAAAGGAAUGUUUCAUUUGAAUCCCUGUUUGUAUGUAUUGUAAUUGCAUAAUAUUAAUAUUAUAUAAGAAAAAAUAAUUUUAUAUGCGUGAAUUUUAAACGUGAAUAAAAAAAAAAGUCCCACAAAUAUUUUUCUGAAUUUUGUGUAAGAAAAUUUUGUAAACAUUUUAAUAAAGCAUUUGCAUUGUUUGAAAAUGAUUAUUUGGCCAUUAAA